UACAUUCACAAGUUGUAUCACGAGAACACAAUAUACAUUCACAAGUUGUAUCACGAGAAGAGCUUAUUUGCCCCUAUAAAUAUGAAAGAUCAUUGGCAAUUUAAAGACAUCCCUCCCCUUUCAUCAACUCUUCAUUUUAAAUGUAAAAAAACUCUAAUGGCAUCUUCUUCUCAUUAUCACUACCAUAACGAUGACGAUGAUGAAGAUUAUGUUAAUGAUUACGUUGAAGAUUAUGUUAAUGAUUACGUUCAAAACUUUGAUGAAGAACCAAAAGAGCGGAAGCAACGUAUUUAUAUGGAGAGGCACCGAGAAGACGGCCACCAGAUGCUCUGGAAUGAUUACUUUUGCGAGACUCCAACUUAUAAUGUUCAAUUAUUCCGACGACGGUUUCGAAUGAACAAAUUAUUGUUCCUGCGUAUUGUGAAUCGUCUCACAACCAACAUACCGUAUUUUCAACUAGGCAAAGAUUGUACCGGACGGUCUAGUCUAACACCCCUACAAAAAUGUACUGCAGCAAUUCGACAGUUGGCACACGAGGAUCUGCAAAGACUUCUCUAUAUAGGAGAACAACGUGGAUUUCCGGGGAUGGUUGGCAGCAUCGACUGUAUGCAUUGGGAGUGGAAGAAUUGCCCCACUGCUUGGAAAGGAAUGUAUUCACGAGGAACCGAAAAACCAACAAUUGUUUUGGAGGCGGUAGCUUCAAGUGACCUCUGGAUAUGGCACGCAUUUUUUGGAGCUCCAGGUACUAUGAACGAUUUUAAUAUUCUCGAUCAAUCACCCGUUUUUGAUGACAUUAUUAACGGAAUAGCGCCACAAGUGAACUUCUGUGUUAAUGGUAAUCCAUACCAUUUGGCAUAUUAUCUCACUGAUGGUAUUUGUCCGAAAUGGGCGACUUUUAUUCAAUCUAUCCGACUUCCACAAAGUGAGAAACAUUCGUUAUUUGCUAAAACCCAAGAAGCUGUUCGAAAAGAUGUGGAGCGUGCCUUCGGAGUUCUGCAAGCUAGAUUUGCCGUAGUGAAAAAUCCAUCUAAGUUAUGGGAUAAAGAAAAAAUAGCAAAUAUUAUGAAAGCAUGCAUCAUACUCCAUAAUAUGAUUGUCGAGGAUGAACGUUCAACAUUCACUCAGUAUAACUAG